GUUCCACAGCAGAAGUCUUGUUGUUUACGUUCCCUCUUCUGCGAAAAAAAGAAAAACUCUCCGCCCACCGCAGAGCUGAUCCCACAACAGGAACUGUUUUCGUCUCCAGACCGAGGAGGAAGUAAACGCUAGAACUCUACGCAUUUUUGUGACAUAGCUGCAGCAUGACUCGUCGUGUGGCCAUAGUAGGAGGAGGGAGUUCAGGUCUGGCCUGUAUUAAAUGCUGCCUGGAUGAAGGGCUGGAGCCCAUCUGCUAUGAAAGCAGCAAUGACAUUGGAGGUCUCUGGAGGUUUAAGGAGAAUCCAGAACCAGACCGGGCCAGCAUCUACCACUCAGUCAUCAUCAACACCUCCAAGGAGAUGAUGUGUUUCAGUGACUUCCCCAUUCCUGCAGAAUUCCCAAACUUCAUGCACAACUCCCUCAUCAUGGACUACUUUCGGAUGUAUGCUGACCACUUCCAGCUCACCAAGCACAUACGCUUUAAUACCAAAGUCUUGCAGAUCAAACAGAGAUCAGAUUUUUCCCGAUCAGGCCAGUGGGACGUUGAAACCGAGAACAGGGAUGGGAAACGAGAAAAACACAUUUUUGAUGCAGUGAUGAUCUGUAUUGGACAUCACUGCCAGCCGAACCUCCCUCUCCAUGACUUCCCAGGUAUUGAAACCUUCAAGGGGAAGUAUUUUCACAGCAGAGACUACAAAACUCCUGAAGAGUGGAGGAAUAAGAAGGUGGUGGUGAUCGGAAUAGGCAACUCAGGAGGAGACAUCGCAGUUGAACUGAGCAGAGUCACCAAGCAGCUUUACCUGAGCACUCGAAGGGGAGCCUGGAUUUUGAACCGAGUCGGGGAAGGAGGGAUUCCUCUAGAUUUGCAAUUCAACAGAGUGGUUGAUUUUUUCCGUAGAAUCCUCCCAUUUGGUGUCUUCUGUUCCCUGGGAGAGAGCCAGCUCAACCGCAGAUUCAACCAUGCUCUCUACAGUCUAAAACCAAAGCACAGGUUAUUCAGCCAACAUCCCACCAUAAAUGAUGAACUUCCAAACCGCAUCCUAUCUGGAACUGUUCAAGUGAAACCAAACAUCCGCCAAUUUCAGGGCUCCAGCGUGGAGUUUGAGGAUGGAAGCAUCGUAGAAGAUAUUGACCUGGUGGUGUUUGCAACAGGCUACAAGUUCUCCUACCCAUUCCUGGAUUCUAGAGUGGUUUCAGUGACAGAGAACAAAGCAUCUCUGUACAAGUACGUGUUUCCUCCUGAACUGGACCACCCCACGCUGGCUAUCAUUGGUCUGGUGCAGCCAUUGGGCGCCAUCAUGCCCAUUUCUGAGAUGCAGGCUAGAUGGGCCACUCGAGUCUUCAAAGGCUGCAUAAAGCUUCCUCCAGCAGCUGCUAUGCUCAGAGAUAUCAAGUGUAAGCAGGAAGCCAUGGCUAAAAGAUACGUCGCCAGUCCGAGACAUACCAUCCAAGUGGACUAUGUUGACUACAUGGACCAGAUUGCAGAGUUAGUGGGAGUUCGUCCCAGAAUCAUGAGGAUGCUGCUGACCGACCCUCAGCUGGGACUGAAAGUGCUGCUGGGUCCUAGCACCCCAUACCAGUACCGCCUCAGAGGACCAGGAAAGUGGGUCGGAGCACGCCAGGCCAUCUUCACCCAGUGGGAGAGAGUAGCUAAACCCUUGCAGACCAGGCUGUCUGAUGAGCCCAAACCCAAGAAAGCUUCCAAGUGGCCUCUGAUCAUGUUCACCGCAGCUGUGGGCGUGUGGGCCUACCACCACAGGAACAACUUUCCGGCUUUCCUGCAGGAUCCCACCGCUUUGCUGGACAACAUUAGAGCAUACCUCACUGCAUAGUAAUGCAAAUUUCACUAGUGAAUGAUUCUGCUGUAUUUACAGUAUUAGCUAAUGUUCAUGAAGGGAAACUUUGUUCUUAUCUACAGAAAUAUCCAAAAUACUUCAAUAACUUUGUUUACUAAACCCAAUCUUAUACUACACAAGAGUGUUAUUCAGCUCAGUACUUCAGUUUAGCACUUCUGUGGUAAUUCUCUAUAGCUGUGAGAUGGCUAAAUUUAAGGGUUGGAAAUAAACAACAGUUUUUGCUUAAAUGCAUUUCUUUUGCUUUGUAGGCUUCUUAAACACAGCAUCAACAUUGUCAACCAUCACAUACCAGUUUAUAGGAUAAAAAUAUAUGAAGUGUAUAGAAAACUAGCAUUUUUUUUAGUAAUUUGUCAUUGAAAUAGUCAAACCUUUUCAAUAAACCCAAUAAAUACUGUAUUUGUA